AUGAAGCUCCUCAAACCGGCUGUGCUGGUGUUCUGUCUCCUACUCGCCGCAUCAGGCGUGAUAGCUCAGCAGGACUACAGCUGUUCCCCCACCAAGCCAUGCAAACUUGGCUGCUGCGGUAAGAAUAAUGUCUGUGGCCUUGGGCCUAGCUAUUGCGCGCCCGCGAACUGCACUUCCAGUUGCGGUGCGAAGAGCGAAUGUGACCCAGGCUGGGGAUCCGCUUGGAGCCAGAGAGAAAAGUGCCCCCUCAACGUAUGCUGCUCCAAGUUUGGCUUUUGCGGAACUACCAAGGAGUUCUGCGGCGACAAAAAGGUCAAGGCACCAAGUUGCCCCGGUGGCUCUUCUGCAGGCAAGCGAGUGAUCGGCUACUAUGAAGGGUGGUCAACAACAAAGGCCUGCAAUGGAUUGAACCCUGAGGACUUACUCUACACGGCUUACACUCAUCUCAACUACGCUUUCGCCUUCAUUGACCCGACCUCGUAUAAGAUUGCGAAUAUGCAAGACUCCGACUCGAAGUUCAUGCCUCGACUCACAGCACUGAAGAACUACAACCCUGGGAUGGAAGUCUGGAUUGCCAUUGGGGGUUGGAGUAUGAACGACCCUGACCAGCCGACCAAGCGCACGUUUUCUGAACUGGCCGCAUCAAAAGCGAAGCAAGACGCCUUCUUCUCAUCUCUUUUGUCUUUUAUGAAUAAAUAUGGCUUCGAUGGUGUCGACAUCGACUGGGAAUAUCCCGUUGCCGAGGAACGCUCUGGCACACCUGAAGACUACAAGAACUUGGUCACUUUUCUCAAGAAUCUGCGCGCAGCACUGGGAACGAAGGGCCUCACUAUCACGCUACCGGCAUCAUACUGGUACCUUCAGCACUUCGACCUCAAGAACAUCCAGCCAUACUUGGACUGGUUCAACAUGAUGAGCUACGACUUACACGGCACUUGGGAUGGCACGAACCCUUAUCUGGGGCCGUACGUCAACAGCCACACGAAUUUGACAGAAAUCGACCGUGCCCUCGAGCUUCUAUGGCGGAAUGAUGUCGACCCGAAGAAGGUCGUCAUGGGCAUGGGGUUCUACGGACGCAGCUUCACCCUCUCGAAUCCAAGUUGCAAGACCGCCGGUUGUGGCUUCAGCGCCGGUGGCGCCCCAGGCAGAUGUUCCGCGUCUGCUGGGACAUUGAUGUUCUCUGAGAUCCAAGAGAUCAUAGACAAGGGCGGAGCUCAAGUGACAACAGACAAGACAGCAGCCGUCAAAAUUGUCACUUGGGGUGGUAAUCAGUGGGUCUCUUACGACGAUGAAGAGACACUCAAGUUGAAGAUGGACUACGCCAACGGCAAGUGUCUUGGAGGAGUCAUGGUGUGGGCUGCAUCGACAGAUGACGCUAAGGGGACUGCCAUCAAGGCUCUAGCGAAAGCUUCGGGCCGAACCGACUUGUCGAAAUCUCUCUUCGCCAAAGCAGUCAGCAGCGACCACAGCCAGUGUGUCUGGGGCGAGUGCGGUGCAUCGUGCCCAUCUGGUCUCGUUCCGGUCGAGAGUUCAGGGAGCAACGCCAGUCCACUUGGCAUCGAGCUAGGAUGCAAUCAGGGAAAGCGCAACUUCUGCUGUCCGUCAAAGAAUCCACCAACUUGUAAGUGGAAGGGAAGCCCCAAGUUCUGUGGCGCGCUCGCGAAGAACCGAUGCAGUGGCAAGGAGAUCGAGAUUGCUGCCAGCACAGACGGAUGCUGGACUGGGCAUAAGUCUUUGUGUUGCACCAAGACUGAUUCCACAAGUACUCUUGACUCUUGCGAGUGGCUCGGUGCUGCCCCAUUUUGCUCAGCAGGCGCGACUUUCGGUUCCAUCCUUGGACUCGGCACGACACCUGUUGCUGGAGCAUUCUCCUUCCUUUCAUACGGCUGUCCUAACAAGGACAAGCCGAAGGAGCUGACCACUGGGAAGCAGGGGGAGGGAGGCCAGCAAACGUGUGCCUACAACGGAGGCUUCAAGAGCUAUUGCUGCAAAGAUCCCGUGCCUUGGAAAGAAUGCAAAUGGCAAGUACUAUUCCACCAAAUACUACCAGAAUUUUUGACCGACUGUCUUGUAGGCGAUCCGGAAACACUGCCUGGGUUCAAUGGAAGCAGAUAUUACUGCAAAACAGGCUGUGAGAGCGGAGAAGUGACUGUUGCAACUGAUGGCUUUGGCUGUCGCUCUGGGACAUACUCAUAUUUCUGCUGUGGUAAUCCGAACACGCCAGCCGAGCCCAAACUGCCAGAGAUCAGUCUUUGUCCCAGCCCAGCAAACUUGCCGGACUUGUCUACAGUCCCAGAGGGAGGUUCAAGCCCUAAGAAUGUCUUCAAGGAAGGAGAUAUCUUUGAUAAUAACUGCAUACUACCGCCAACUACGAAGAGACGACACAUGAUUCGAGCGGCUCGACCGCAUCAGAAGGGAUUCGACAGUAAUGACACAAGCUCGGAGGUAACAGAACAUCCGGCACUCGCUGGCAUGGACACAUCGGACCUCUUUGGGAGGUCGUUGGAGAAACGCGGUGCCAGAGACGUUGCUAUGAAACUGUGUGCACCCGGCAAGCAGAGCAGUAGCAUCUACACUCAGAACUACCCCGGUGCGACCAGCAUCAUUCGCACUACUGGGAAGGCUUUCACGGUGGCUAAGCAGGGUGUCUGCGCCGCUGUCGGAAUAACAGCUCUGACUAACCUUGAUGCGAAUACCAACUGGGUUACGGAGCAUGUGUUCGAGAAGCAAGAAUUUCGUGACGCAGUUGAGUGGAUGAUGGAUGGCAAUACGCCAAAGGGUGUUGCUCUCACAGCCGGUAAAGCUCCCUUCACUGGGGUCUUCGACCUCAAUGGCUUGUUCCAGGAUAUCUGGCCUUCGAAGACGUACACCACUCUCAAGGUUGUCCAAGAUUGGGCGGGCAACAUCAACGACGCUUUCACAGGUCUUCUUGGUCGAACGUCAGACGCAGGUCUCAAUAACGCCAACAUAGUCAACCUUCAAGUCUGCGACGCCGAUUUCAAUCGCUACAAAGAGUUCAUCGUUGCUGGAAGCGACUUCAUGAGCCAGGCGACGUGGAAGAACUACAGCCCCACAGGCCGCAUCGCCAUCUUGUCUGAUGUGAUUGACACCUUCGCGUAUCGAAGUGAAUCAAGCGUCAUCACCUCAUACCAAAAGACAUAUGCUUCACUGGCUACCCUCUGGGGCGACUUUGGUCGAUACGCCCUCAGCAAGGGCGUCAGCUACGACUUUGCGUCCGCAUGGAAGCAGAUUGUUCCCGCCAAUCUUGAGAGCCAGGUCUCAUCUGCUCGGACGCUGUUUGAGAGCUAUGUCAAGAGCGAGCUUGCGUUUUGGAAAUCGACUGCUGCCGCAACAACGUACUCGCCAGUAGUCGUUAAGGAAAUGACUGACAAGCUUACAGACUGGCAGGGGAAGGUAACGACACUGAUUGCGCUCCCGAUUAGCAAGAUGACAGCUUGA